GUUGAAGAAACAAGCACUGCUAAAUAAAGAAGAAAUGGACGCAUCAGCAGUUACUGAACUAAGCUCUUCAUUACCAUCUGUGAAUGAGUUCAGUAAAGGAGAAACCAGUCUCAAAGAACAGACCAAUGAGAAAACAGUUCUUAUGAAUCGAGGUGAUUCUGACCAAUCAGCAGACCCGUUACAUGCCAUCGAUGCAACGUUCAGGAUCCCCCUUUUGCGUGACCCCGUGAACCAUGAAGAUCCAACCAAGCGGAAAAUUGACUUCAGCGUUCGAGUUGGCGCCUCUUUGGCGAGAACGGAAGAGAGUUAUGUCAGGAUUAUCCAGCGGGAAUUUGUUGAUGCAGAUUUAUCCACUACGAGUUCAGACACAAGUGCAGAUAAUUAUCCCCGAGUCUUUCAGAAGGACCGUCGCGUGAAAGUGUCGCCUCGUUUUGGAAUUACGUCACUCAGACGGCGGAGGGAUAGCCGUAAAGGGUCACUACAGAUCAUUCCGCCGAGGAGUUACAUCACUGAAGAAACGGCCAUGGCUCGUUUCCAGCGUAUAGGUCGGGCUGUCCAGAUUAUAUCCGGCGUCUGUAACUCUCUCAAAAGACACGUGGCUGAAAAUGACACUCGCACGUGGUCAUCGGUGGAGAUGUACUUGCACGUGCAGGAUGACCUCAACAAGAAGUUGGCCUUCAACCCUCUCAACUUUACCAUGGUGGCACCGCCACGGAAGGGGGAGAGGUUAGAACAUCUCUUACAAACACCACCCUCGGAGAGGACUGCAAAGGAUAUCAAAAUGAUUCUGGCGUACAUCCGAGGCCACGCAUCCAUUCAUGAUUAUCCCGCUGAUGUGCAAAUACACAUGUGCAAAUGUAUGUUAUACCAGAAAUACGAAGAUAGACGCAUCCUCUUGAAACAGGGGCAUCCUCCCUCCGCCUUCUACUUCAUCCUCACAGGCUCGCUCAUCGUCAACAUCGAAGACAUCAACCCCAACAACGGCAAGAAGUUCACCAGGACGGUGUCAGAACUUACAGCAGGAGACUGUUUUGGGGAACUGGCUCUGUUGGAGAGAAGCACCCGUACGGCGACCGUCAUAUGCAAGACGACCGUGGAACUGCUGGUCGUGCUCAAAGAGGAUUUCGACAUUAUUAUCCGCCAGCCUUUAAUUCGUCAACGGCUGACUCACAUACGGUUUUGUCAAUCUCUUGUGUUGUUUGAGGACUUCCCCUGCGACGUGUUCGCGAGAGAGCCCGAUGAUUUCUUCUACCAGUUCAUCCCAAGCGACUCAAUUAUCGUGAGAGACAGUCGCGAAUGCCGAUAUCUGAUCGUUGUUAAAUCAGGCAAAUGCUCUCUGGUGGCACCGUUCAAAGAGUCGAGCCAGCAUAAGGAGAGACCGGUCAGCAUAAGGACUGACUUGGAGAGAGCCUUUCCUUUCUACGCAGAGAAGCGCAAAUUGAACAACAGACCAAAGACGGGGUUAGCCCUGGAGAGGUCAGCCAGCGACUUCCGGGACUCCCUAGAGGUGGGGCUGCUGACGGGGGUGCUGGACAAGAGACAGCUGGAGGAACGUGGGGUAGAGCAUCAGAGAGGCCAGAGGACGGCGGGUGGGAGGAACUCACAAACUGUGAAACGUCCGCCUCCACUGCAGAAGAGUAUGACCAUGAGCAACUUCUUCGACAGUGUGGAGCAAGACAGGCGACGAAGUAUGCAGGGCGGGGAGGAUGGAGACAGCACGUUCUGGGCGAUGAGACUGAGAGGACCAUCCUUCCGUCAGAUGAUGAGCAAGAGGAGAAUUGGGUCAAGGUCGAACAACAGAGCAACGUCUGCACAAAACAUGAAGAAGUUGGACUUUCUCCGAGAAAACGAUUCCGUGUCAUUCGCUGAAGUUGCGGAGCUGAAGCAGGGGGCUGUAUUUGGCCUGGAGUCCCUGGUACACCGCCCCGCCUCCUCCCUCACCCUGGUCAGCCACGGAGCCGAGUGCCUCUUCGUCUCCAAGAAACUCUUCUUGCAGGAAGCCAACAUCAAGACUCUGCGCGUCGUUAGUGAUAUGGUGAUGAGCUACCCAUCACAGGUUUUCAUCCGCGAGCAGGUCAAAGUUCACCGUGACUGGAUCAAGUACAGACGCGGUCUGGUGAGCGAGGUGACGUCCAGAUAUGAGGGUUCUUGACGACCUCCAGCACUGUUCACACUGCCCCAACUUAACCGUUAAAUGAGAAUGGCUGCUCCAGGUGUCCAUUCCAGUCUAGGUCGAGAACUGUAAUUAGUGCCAUGUGGGAAACUGGGACUUGACUCUCGUUAACGUUGGAUUCACACUACGACCGCGUAAAAAGUCCGACAUGAUGUUUUUCCUGACAUAACUAAACUCACUGGAACCGAAUUUUGAAUGCGUUGCGUUCCGAUACUGUGAAAAAAAGCACUAGAAUGACAAAACGUCCCAGAAAUCUGAAAAAACAACCCCCAAACCCCCCAAAAUAAUCCUUAAUUUCAAACUUGAGUUGGAUUUUUUUCUCCAGGGUCUGAUGCACCUAAUGCCUGGCCAAAGAAAGUGUACACUUUGACAAAAAAAUUACAAACGUUAUCAAACGUUAUAAGGCUGAAACACAACACACUUAAUGUCCAACACAACUAUGAUACCCGUAUCAAAUACAUCACGAUCGAAUAAC